AUGCAUAAAGCAGGAAUAGUAAAAUUUGGAACAAUUUCUAUAUGGUUGCCUUCUUUGCGAUUCGCUGGAAAUGGGAUCCUGUUGCGUCUUGACCAAAUUAGCCUGGCAAAAGCGAUGGCCUUUUUCACAAGAAGGUUCGGUUCAGCUUUGCUUGCAGGCGGAUGGACUGCGCAGCUUUCAUGUGUUCGUCAGCUUGGUAAAUUGACCAAAUUCAUUUACCCAUGGAUGAACCGUCGAAAGCCCUAUUGGGUAGACCAGAAGGCUGAUCCGUGUUGCAAUGAAGAUGUAUCAAAUGAGAACCUCGAAUUCCUCGCCGCUGAACGUCAGAAGCUUCUUGUUGAUCAAUUCACUCCCACUAAUUUUACAGCUGAAGCCAACCGACCUUGGCUCCCUAUGCAGACCCAGCGCUGCGGUCUAAUAGCUAUAAAAUUGGGAAUCUAUCCAAUGUGGACCAAGACUGGUAAAAAGGUCGACUGUACUAUUUUACAGGUGCCGGACAAUCAUGCACUCCGUUACGUCCCUCCCUCCGACCUUGACCGUUAUUUAAGUCUUAAAGAUCCCCGAGGCUACUGGUUGACCAAUCGCCACGUACCCUCGUGGGUUAACCAGCGGCGCUGGGGCCUUCAAGUCGUCGGUGCGAUGUCAGCCGAUCCGGUCGAAUUCACCGCCGAGUGGUGCGGUCUCUUUACCUCCGCCGGCGUCCCUCCCAAGCGCAAAAUCUCUCGCUUCCUCGUCAGUCCCGACGCUGCACUCGAACCUGGCACCCCUAUCACGAUAAAUCACUUCCGCGUUGGCGACUAUGUGGAUGUCACGGCUAGGACCAUAAAUCGCGGAUUUCAAGGUGUGAUUGAGCGCUGGGGCAUGAGUGGCGGUCCUGCAGCUCAUGGCAGUACGAAGUUUCACCGGAGAAUCGGCAGUGUAGCCGGUAGUGGGCGAAAAAUUCUGCGAGGCAAACGAAUGCAUGGUGUAAUGGGCAAUCGAUAUCGUUCGUCGCGUGGCCUUCAGAUCCUUCGAAUGAAUCCUCGGUUGAAUUUGAUUUACCUGUCGGGACCAACAGUAGGUCCAGUGCACUCUUUCUGCCUUCUUCACGACUCUUGGCUGAUCAAUCGAUGGCAUAAACGCAACGAGGAUCCUCCCCCGAAUCCUACGUGGUUUCCUUCCAGUCUCCCUUCUCCCCCAUCUUCUUCGCCCGAGGAAGGGCUGCAAGACCUGUUUGAUGAGUUUGCUGAUGACAUAUUUCAUUCGUCCAUUCAUCGAUUUGACGAACCGAGCAUUACCUUUGAGGAGAACGAAGGUGCAGAUGAUUAG